CACAGCUCUGGAAGAACCUCUAGAUGGCGCUGCUGUCCUGUGACGUUUCGCACUGACCGCUGGCGGCACGAGAAGCUGGAGUUCUUUUCCUGUCAGCAUGGCGUUGGUGCCGUAUGAUGAGAACGUACUGCCAGCUCUCUCAAAAAUCCACAGCGCUUCAGCCGAGUUCCACUUCGCCUCACAUCGACUCCGCCUGGCCCAGGAUUGGAAUAGACUAGGAGUGGCUGCAGUCGUGUGGGACGCAGCAGUGGUGCUGUGCAUGUAUCUGGAGCUUGGCCAUGUGGACCUGAAGGGGAGGGCCGUUAUUGAGCUGGGAGCUGGCACUGGACUGGUGGGCAUAGUGGCCGCGCUGCUUGGAGCCACCGUGACGAUCACUGACCGGAAGCCUGCGCUGGAGUUUCUGAGCGCUAACGUGCGUGAGAACAUUCCUCCAGACCUGCAGGAGGCGGUGCAGGUGUCCGAGCUGACCUGGGGAGAGGGACUACAGCGCUAUCCCUCAGGCAGCUACGACCUCGUUCUCGGAGCAGACAUCGUUUACCUGGAGGAAACGUUCCCCGCCCUUCUACAGACUCUAGAACACCUGAGCUCGGAGAACACUGAGGUUCUGCUGUCGUGUCGGAUCCGAUACGAGCGGGACGAGCGAUUUCUAGGCAUGCUGGGGAGGCUGUUCUCCGUACAGGAAGUUCAUUACGAUGAACAGAGGGACAUUCGUAUCUACAGAGCUGUGAGGAUUAAGACCAAGCCUGAACUCUGAGGGUCCAGCUCGGGUUCUCUGCUCUGAUUCUGACUGACAUUCUGGCAACAAGCCUUUUACUCCUGUGGCCAAAACACUUCGCUGAUAUCCUUUCUUUCCUAGUAGGUCUGUCAUUAUUGAUUGUGUUAGUAAUUAAAUAAGUUACUGAUUAUUUUGGUGACUACUUGAACAGACAAAGUUUUAAAAACAAUAAAAAUGGGAUGUAAUCGAACAACAGACCACACAAAGCCUUUCUAAAGAGCGAAGAAGCCUGUAAAAGACUUGAUUUAAAAAAAGUGUCUGUGUGUGUGUGUGUGUAUGCAUGCCUCAGUCUGCUUCAGUUCAAAUAACUGAAGUGUGGGAAGGGCAUGGUCCCAUUAGUUUCCAUCAUCAUUGCACCCCACCACCACCUUGUUUCC